AUGAAUGUAGAAAAUGACGACAAAAGGGCCCGCACACGAUCCAAAAUCCGAGGUAUCCCAGUUGAGCUUAUUGGGCAGGAAGUGAGCUGUCCCACCCCAGGCUGUAUUGGCUCAGGACACAUCAGUGGAAAGUAUGCAAGACAUAGAAGUUUACAAAAUUGCCCCUUGGCCCGUAAACGCAAGGUGCAAGAUUCAGAGAUUGAACUCUCAGCAUCAAAGAGGAAGUCACAUCCUCUCAAACUGGCCCUGGAUGAGGGCUACAAUAUGGACAGUGAUGGUAGUGAAGAUACAGAGUUGAAAGAUGAAGAUUCUGGCACAGAGGACUCUGAAGGAACAUUGGUGGAGACUGAAGAGGAAUCUGAGCACCCUGAACUUAAAGAGUCUCCAAGCCCAGAGCCUAUAGAAGCUGAAAGCUCUCCAGCUAAGUCAUCCUAUGAAGAACUUCCAAAAAGCAACGAGACUCCCACAAGAGCCACUUACAGCAGUUAUCAAGAAAUCAUUGCCAAUUCACUUUUAAACUUGGGCCAAAUAGCAAAAGCAGCAUUGGUUUCAGAGGGACAUUUGCCAGAAAGUGAACUGGAGACCCCUAAACCAGGCUCUGGUGUAAUGCAUAUAGUCCAACCAGAAGUAGAGGAAGUGGCAGUGGAAGAGGUGUGUGACAAGGAGAUCAUCAUACAGACAGAAGAUGCUGAAGAAGUAAUUGAAGUCACCAGCGAGCCUAGCAGCGAGUCAGGUCUUGAACCCCGAGAUGACAUACAGUGUGAGGAGGCUUGCAAAAAAGAUAUGGAGGAUGAAGAUGAUGAUGAAGAGGAUGAUGAUGAUGUUGAUGAGGAUGAUGAAGAUGAUGAUGACCUAGAUGAUGAUGAGGAAGCAGAGGAACACCCUUCUGAAAUGAUGAGCCAGGAUGCCCCCAAUGCUUCUCAGGACUCCCCUAAAAUCCACUGUGAAGGACAAUAUAGUCCAAAACCUGAAUAUUCCGUAAUUGUGGAGGUCAGGUCAGAUGACGAUAAGGAUGAUGAUAGCCAUUCUCAAAAAUCAGCUGUAACAGAUGAAUCUGAAAUGUACGACAUGAUGACCCGGGGCAACCUUGGGCUCCUGGAACAAGCGAUUGCUCUGAAGGCUGAACAGGUUAAAGUUGUUCGGGAGCAGAGCAGAACAACAACAGACACCAUCAAGAGUUACCAAACUGAAGAGAAACAGAACCGGUCGAUAGACACCAUGAGAAAAAGCUUUUAUGGUAAAUAUGCCGCAAGACCUGAAAAAAGAGAGAUCAAAUGUCCAACCCCUGGCUGUGAUGGUACCGGACAUGUAACAGGACUUUAUCCUCAUCACAGGAGCCUCUCAGGAUGCCCACACAAGGACAGGAUCCCUCCAGAGAUUCUGGCCAUGCAUGAGAAUGUACUCAAGUGUCCGACCCCUGGCUGCACAGGACAGGGCCAUGUUAACAGCAAUAGGAACACACACAGGAGUUUAUCUGGAUGCCCCAUUGCUGCAGCUGAAAAAUUGGCCAGAUCCCACGAGAAGCAGCAACAGCCUGGAGAUCUCACCAAAAAUAAUACAAACUCAGACAGGAUACUCAGGCCCAUGUGCUUCGUGAAGCAGCUGGAGAUUCCCCAAUAUGGCAGCUAUAGGCCCAACAUGGUUCCUGCAACGCCACGAGCCAAUUUAGCCAAGGAGCUGGAGAAAUACUCCAAGGUUACCUUUGAUUAUGCAAGUUUUGAUGCUCAGGUUUUCGGCAAACGCUUGCUUGCCCCAAAGAUUCAGACAAGCGAAACCUCACCCAAAGCCUUUAAAAGUAACACUUCAUCUUCUUCCUCUGGCUUUGAUUACACCCAUGAUGCAGAGGCUGCACACAUGGCAGCAACGGCCAUCUUGAAUCUUUCUACUCGAUGCUGGGAGAUGCCAGAGAAUCUUAGUACAAAGCAACAGGACCUACCAAGUAAAUCUAUGGACAUAGAAGUAGAUGAAAAUGGCACUUUGGACUUGAGUAUGAACAAGCAUCGGAAAAGGGAGAGCACAUUCCCCAGCAGCAGUAGUUGCAGCAGUAGUCCCAGCAUGAAGUCUCCAGACCAGUCCCAACGCCAAAACUGUACUAGUGCCACAAGUAGCACUAUGACAUCACCCCAGUCCAGCCAGACUUCUCGACAAGAUGAUUGGGAUGGACCCAUUGACUACACCAAGCCAAAUCGCCAACGUGAAGAGGAGCCUGAAGAGUCUGAACCAGCGGGAGCUUCUUUUGCUUCAUCAGAAGCUGAUGACCAAGAGAUGCAGGAGGAGAACUUUGAAGACCGCAAAUACCCUGGAGACGUGACGCUCAGCAAUUUCAAACUGAAGUUUCUCUCCAAGGACAGCAAGAAAGAGCUGCUGACCUGCCCUACACCAGGAUGUGAUGGAAGCGGACACAUUACUGGAAACUACGCCUCUCACCGCAGUCUUUCUGGUUGCCCUCUUGCUGACAAGAGUCUCAGAAACCUGAUGGCUGCACACUCUGCUGAUCUCAAGUGCCCUACCCCGGGAUGUGAUGGCUCUGGACACAUUACAGGGAAUUAUGCGUCUCAUCGGAGCUUGUCAGGCUGUCCUCGUGCCAAGAAAAGCGGAAUGAAGGUUACACCCACUAAAGAUGACAAGGACGACCCGGAGCUAAUGAAGUGCCCAGUUCCAGGCUGCGAUGGACUCGGACACAUUAGCGGCAAAUAUGCUUCUCACCGCAGCGCAUCUGGCUGUCCUCUGGCUGCUCGAAGACAGAAGGAAGGCACUCUGAAUGGAUCUGCAUUCUCCUGGAAAUCUCUUAAAAAUGAAGGUCCUACAUGCCCAACACCAGGCUGUGAUGGAUCAGGCCAUGCCAACGGCAGUUUCUUAACGCACAGGAGCUUGUCAGGUUGUCCACGAGCCUCUUUUGCUGGGAAAAAGGGAAAACUCUCAGGGGAUGAGCUACUUGGAACAAAAUUCAAGACCAGCGAUGUCUUAGAAAACGAUGAGGAAAUCAAACAGCUCAACAAGGAAAUAAAUGAGCUUACAGAAUCCAACUCAGAGAUGGAAGCGGACAUGGUGAACCUACAAUCUCAGAUAACAACAAUGGAGAAGAACCUGAAGAACAUUGAAGACGAGAAUAAGGUUAUAGAGGAACAGAAUGAAGCUCUGUUUGUAGAACUUUCCGGGCUAAGCCAGGCACUCAUACGAAGUCUUACCAAUAUCCGCCUUCCACAAAUGGAGCCAAUCAGUGAACAGAACUUUGAUGCCUAUGUGACCACUCUGACUGAUAUGUACAGUAACCAAGAGUGUUACCAAAACCCAGAGAAUAAAGCAUUGCUUGAGAGUAUCAAACAAGCAGUCAAAGGUAUCCAGGUGUAA